AUGAAAAAGCGGCCUUUCAAGGUCCUGGAGCGGCCUUUCACGGUCCUGGAGCGGCCUUUCACGGUCCUGGAGCGGCCUUUCAAGGUCCUGGAGCUGCCUUUCAAGGUCCUGGAGCUGCCUUUCAAGGUCCUGGAGCGGCCUUUCAAGGUCCUGGAGCGGCCUUUCAAGGUCCUGGAGCGGCCUUUCAAGGUCCUGGAGCGGCCUUUCAAGGUCCUGGAGCGGCCUUUCACGGUCCUGGAGCGGCCUUUCACGGUCCUGGAGCGGCCUUUUAAGGUCCUGGAGCUGCCUUUCAAGGUCCUGGAGCUGCCUUUCAAGGUCCUGGAGCGGCCUUUCAAGGUCCUGGAGCGGCCUUUCAAGGUCCUGGAGCGGCCUUUCAAGGUCCUGGAGCAGCCUUUCAAGGUCCUGGAGCUGCCUUUCAAGGUCCUGGAGCGGCCUUUCAAGGUCCUGGAGCGGCCUUUCAAGGUCCUGGAGCUGCCUUUCAAGGUCCUGGAGCUGCCUUUCAAGGUCCUGGAGCUGCCUUUCAAGGUCCUGGAGCGGCCUUUCAAGGUCCUGGAGCGGCCUUUCAAGGUCCUGGAGCGGCCUUUCAAGGUCCUGGAGCGGCCUUUCAAGGUCCUGGAGCGGCCUUUCAAGGUCCUGGAGCUGCCUUUCAAGGUCCUGGAGCGGCCUUUCAAGGUCCUGGAGCUGCCUUUCAAGGUCCUGGAGCUGCCUUUCAAGGUCCUGGAGCGGCCUUUCAAGGUCCUGGAGCGGCCUUUCAAGGUCCUGGAGCGGCCUUUCAAGGUCCUGGAGCUGCCUUUCAAGGUCCUGGAGCUGCCUUUCAAGGUCCUGGAGCUGCCUUUCAAGGUCCUGGAGCUGCCUUUCAAGGUCCUGGAGCGGCCUUUCAAAGUCCUGGAGCGGCCUUUCAAGGUCCUGGAGCGGCCUUUCAAGGUCCUGGAGCAGCCUUUCAAGGUCCUGAAGCUGCCUUUCAAGGUCCUGGAGCUGCCUUUCAAGGUCCUGGAGCGGCCUUUCAAGGUCCUGGAGCGGCCUUUCAAGGUCCUGGAGCUGCCUUUCAAGGUCCUGGAGCUGCCUUUCAAGGUCCUGGAGCGGCCUUUCAAGGUCCUGGAGCGGCCUUUCAAGGUCCUGGAGCUGCCUUUCAAGGUCCUGGAGGGCCUCAGUCUCCACAUCUCACAGAACAUCUUUGGAGGGAGUUGA